CCACACGGCAGCCCGGCGCGCGCGUACAUCGCCUACCACAAGCUGGGCGCAGGCAUGGAGGCGCACACCGCCACGCCGCAGCCCGACUGCGAGUGCGGCGUGCACCCCUCCGUGUGCUACCUGCUGGCCACCUUGCUGCUCACCAGCUGCUCAACAGCAAUGCUGUGCGCUGCCAUCAUGACAGAGCACUGGGAGCACGUGUCGUGGGAGCGCGCCGCACUCGCCGCGCUCGCCAACGCCUCCAACACGGCGCUGCACUGGCUGCUCGACGAGAAAGUCGUGAAGAUCGAAGAUGCGAACUCGAGGAAGGGCGGCGGUACUUUUUUGGUUCCAAUGAACGGUGGGAUAUGGACAAUGUGCGUGUCCCUCCAAGAAGAAGAAGUGUCAAUACUGUUAAGAGCCGGAUUCCCAAAGGAGCCGCUGUGCACAAAUUACUUGGCUGAUGAAGAAGACGAAGAACAAAGGGGCGAUUGGCAACAUCGAAUGCAGAAUCUGUCCAUAUCAUGCGCGCUGGUGUGCCUCAUAGUCCUGGGCAGUGCGGCGCUGGUGGGCGCUUUCGGCGUCUGCAAACAUCAGAUAAGCGCCGUCCUCGUCACCGGCGUCAUGUAUCUAUUGGCUGGUUUGUUUGCAAUGUUCACACUGAUGAUAAUCCAUUUCAAGCGCGUCCAAAGAGUCUCUACACGUGGCAGCUCGCACGGUGACGACAACGCCGACGGGGUCAUAGGCCCUCGCUACCCCGCCCUACCCUUACUAUCGGCUAGAGAGUUCACUACUUCGUGGUCAUUAGAGCUAGGGUGGGGAGGAGUGGCAUUAGCAACCACCACGUCACUAUUGUGGAUAAUGCUAUCGAAAAUAAUGAGAUACAAUCCUAUAUCAUCGAUGCUGUUGUGAAUUUGUUUUUUUUUUUUAUUUUUGCAUAAUAUUUAUGCCACUCGCUCUCUUUAUCAACGAAGGAUUUAGCACAUAAUGGUUUAUAAUUUAUAUUAAAAUAAAAAGUUGUAAAGUAUUUUAUCUUAUAAGCUGUGCUUUUUAUGUUUAAUCGACGUUUACAUGGGAAAGUUGGUUUAUUUUUAAGUUAUAAUUUUCCAAAUGUAUUAUUUCUUAAAAACGUUAGUCGCUUGUCAAUUUUAUUUGAUUUUACUUAACAAUCCUUGACAAUUGACAUAAGACAAAGAUCUACUUGAUGUAAAAUUUGUAAUAGCAUGCCGUAGUAGAUAACUUAAUUGACUAAAAUUAAAGUCAAAGUCAUUGGCUUAACUAAUUUCAAAUUGAAGUUUUUAGUUUAAUUAAAUUUAAACUCAAUGUCUUUGGUUUAAUUAAAUUUAGAGUUAAUUUGCCUACCUAAAAAUUUGAUUUUUGAAUCGUUAUAUAUAUUAUCUCAUAUUUCGGUAGGUAUUAUAAGACAACACCCUAGUAAACGUUAAGUCAAUUACCUUUUUAAUCUUAUGUAUGCAUGUACUUAGUUCUAGUUCCUAAGUCAUACCUAUCCGGCGAUUUUUACCGCGCCAUAAAAGUUUUAAUCAAUUAACAUUUAACUGUUAUAAAAAAAAUUAAACUAAGCCGCUGUAAAAGAAUACGCUUCGAAGCUAUACAAUAAAUUAAAAUAUUUAAUAAUUGCUAACAAUUUGUCGCCUGACCAUUCGUUUUGCAAAACCAAUUCCAUUUGGACUAUUUUAUGAAUGAAAAAUACCUAGUAGUUCAAAUAUCCCCUAAUCAUGAUAAUUUCGAUAAAAAUGUUUGUUAUUUGAAAUGUUAGGGUAGGCUAAUGACUACCUAGUGCCGUCCAUUGCUACAUGAUAUUGUGAAUAAAGUAAUUCACAGAUCAUCAUAUAAUUCAUAGAUAUGUUGCCUGCACAUUCUAAUCCACAAUCUUCCUAAAAACUAAUGAUUAUUAACAAAAUAAAAUUAAACCUCUUGUCUUAAAUAAUUUAAAACAAUAUUUACAUUACCAAAACACGCGAGCUUUUCUAAAGUCUAUUGAUUGCUAUUUUUUGAUAAGUAUAUUGUUACACCGAGGCUUACAGGGGUCUGUAAUUUAUACAAAAAAUUUUCUCUUAUACUUCCCACCUACCAAUUUUUGGCAAUUUGCACCGAUUUUGAGCUUAAACAUUAGAUUUUAACACGCUGUUGACCUAUUGUCUCUUUUAAAAUACUAUAUGAGUAGGUAGCUUUUACAGUAUAAAUAGCUAAAUAUACCCAUGGCUAUACAAGAAUAAUAUUCAUGGUUAAUAUUUUCUCUCUGCCUCUCAUGUCAAAUUGAAAAAAUUGCAAAUUAAAAUGUCUGCCUUUAGCUAUCCUCCCUUACCGCUUUAAUUUAAAAUAACUUUAUAUAACAAGACUCUUAACUAUCAUACUACGAGUAUACCGAUUAACAACAUUUACCUAGGUGCGCGCGCAUGCACUAUCUUAUGGCUAACUAGGUUUCCCUAUUCAUUUGUAUUUCCAAAUCUCUAUUGUAAAUCUCGAUCUUAAAAAUAUUAGUCUUAUAGAACAUUAGUCAACUCGCCGAUUUAAAAAAAAUAGUUAUAGGUACCUACGGGGUUCUAGUAUGUAGCAUGAUAGUAAAUUUACAUUUUUAUGGAGACCUGUCUAGAAUAUAGUUUAUUCUUUAUUUAAAUUUGAGUCCGACCUAAACUAAACUCAAAGUCAAGUCUUUUUUCAUAGUGGACAUUAAAUGAAGAUAAGCCCUUUAUUUAAUAUUUAGUCUACCUAUAUUUUUAAUACGUAUAGAACGAAAUAAAAGAAUUUUCUUGUAGAUAUUUUGCUUUACACAAAAUCCGAAAUACGAAUAAUACUUAAUUAAUACAUACGAAUGUAAUAGAGAAAUAUUUAACUGUUAUUAUUAAAAGGCAAAAAUGUUGUGCGUUGUUUGAAAGUUGGUGCUGUGAGUUAAAUAUUAGAAUAGUUUAUAGUUAUUUCAUAGUUAAUAUUGUGUUUACAGUAGAGUGUUUAAAACUAAAAUUUAUUUUAAAAAGUGUACCUAUAUCUUAUAAUAUAAAUAAAAGUAAUAGUAUAAAAUAAUAGAAAUAGGUAUUAGGUUAAACGCUUAAAAACAAUUUUCCGCCAGUAACUUGAUGAUCUCUUAGUGACGAAAUAGUUAAAGUAAUUUAUACUAGAAAAUGAAAAAAAUCAGUAGAUACCUACAUAUUUAUACAAUAAAUAUGUAGGUAUCUACUGACUCUUGGAAACGAUGAAGCAUGUUUGACAAACAUACUUGACUUGACAAUUUCAUUAAGCAAUGUUAACUUCAGACAAAGCCGCAAAUUCACAAAUUGCUUAACAAAUACGUUUGAUUUGACUAAAAGUUUGAUCGUUUACAAGGCACCUAUUGUUCUAAUGUACGUUAUUACUUAUCUACAAGUAUGCACCAAAAGACCGUUCUGAAAACGAGGCAUGUAGUAUACAAAAACUAUAAAAUCAGCGUAUUGUAACUACAGUAAGGAUCAGAAGUUUGGCGCAGACUGUAACUAACUUUAUUCUCUACUUUCUACAUUGGAAACUAUAAACAUAAGUAUAUACCGACAUCAAAAUACAUAUACAUAACCUUGCAAAAUUUCAGUGAAUUUACAUUAGGUAUCUGUCAUAAUACUGCUAAAUUUUCUGCAAAUACUAUGUACAUACUUACACAUUUAUUUAUUUUUAAAUAGACGAUACUUUGCAUUAGUCCGUGACGUAAUAAUGUACCUAUUAAUAUUAUUAAUAACUAUUACUUAAUAAUGGUUAAUAUUACUUUUGCCUGGAUUUUUGAGACACUCUAAUUGCAAUAGAAUAUUUUUAACUUAUAUUUCAGUGAUACUUACCAGCGCUCAAAAUCCUUCUAGACUUGUUACUUUUUCUACCUUAAAAAAGUACCAACAUAUAUUACAGAAUUUUAUCUGCAAAAUAUCAUUACACUGCUGAUAAUGAUGAAUCACACUUUGGAUAUGAAUGUAAAAAGACUAUCAAUAAUAUUACGUAAGGCCGAAUGCAAACGUCCACUCCCUAACUCCGCCUCUGUUGAGAUGACACAGCAGAUGCCUAAAGUACUUACUAGAUGGCGCUGUCAUUAUUCUUUGCCACCAAUAUAUUGCCAUUAACCUAAUAUUGCUUAUUAUAAUGAAGUAAAAAAUUAAUUUCGUUUAUAUUCAAAAUAUAAAAAAUCGCGUAUAGCAAAAUAACCCCAUGUUGGUAUAUACAUACAAGAUGGCGCCACUUUAUUGAUAAGUCACUUUCAUUUAUUGGAUAUUCUUCUUACAUCCGUUGUUCAGACAACUAUUUAAAAAUGUUAUUUACUUAGCGAUAUUGAAAUUGGCUUAUAUGCACUUCAAAAAUGCUAUUUAAUGUUUAUAUUGUGAUGUAUAGUUUUUACGGUUAAUGUUAAUUGUGUUAUAAUUUUUUAAUGCAUAAAGCAAUAUUAUUUUGUUUAGAA